AUGUGGAGGUCCAGAUUACGAAUUCCCGUCGCGCGCCGUGUUCAGGGUCCUAGGGCUUCCGCUAGUUCCUUUGCGAGAAGACGGGCCACGCCCGCUCCGUCCUCUCGCGGUCCCAGAAAUUCCAUUCGAAGACCACCACCAAUUCGAAGAAGCCCAGCACCCUCAGAUACACCGAACACAGGCGCGCCUGUCGAAAACUACGAUCCCGCUAAGAACACCCUGCUCUCCCCUGUCUAUCUCCCUGAAGACCCGCAUGGGGUACUCAAGGAGUCUCAUCCCGCCACCGGGAUUCUCGCGAAUUCCGGGCUUGUCGUGCAGCGGCAGCUCGAGUUGAUGAAUGUGAUGAUAGGCUUCGAGCAAGCCAAUAAACACGAAAAUGAAGUACUCCGUUUCCAUCGACCAUUCUCAUGGAUCAAUUCACGGAUUCGAGUCUACGAUCCCGUCGAAGCCACCCAUAGUCCUUACCUCCCCUCGAACAACCUCCAACCCCAAAGCCCCGGUGCUCUUGCUCAGGCCGCAGAUCCGACCAACGCCCGGAUAUCCCAGCUUGGACUUGACCAAAUGCGAGUCAUUGGAGAAGCGCAACAACAAUGGGCACCACUGCGAAGAAAAUACAAUCUUUUCACAUAUCAUCACUCGCCAAAUUCUGCAACCGACAUGGGAACUCAGCAGAUACCUUUAGCACAAACCGGGCUAUCAAAUGCUCAGCAAACGCAACUAACUCAUGCGUUGGGAGCGAACCAAGAUUUCGGCGAAUACAACCAAUUCGCGUACGUCGACGAGCCCUUCUUAUCCUGGGAUUUUUCUUUACGUUCCGCUAACAGCCGAUUGAUCGGCUCUGUUAACCGUGACUUUGUGGGAUUUGCUCGGGAGAUCUUCACGGAUACGGGUGUCUACGCUCUACGGAUGGACUCAGCAGCCAGCAAGUCCCCCCAAGAACUGGACCAGAGUGCCUCGGUCACCGGCAUGACUCUGGACCAGCGCGCCGUUAUGCUGGCCACCGCCGUCAGCAUUGACUUUGACUACUUUAGUCGCCACAGCGGUUCCGGAGGCCUUGGGUUUUUCCCAAUGUGGUUUCCCGGACUUGGCGGUGAUCUCUCAGCUGGUGGUGCCGCUGGUGGUGCCGCGGGCGAGGCUGGGGCUGUAGGCGAAGCUGCCGCCGGGACCGUUGGGAGAGGCGCCGCUGGAGGUAUGGCUGAGGGCGCUGCUGCGGGUGCCAUUGGCGCAGGUACAAUCGCAGGCUAUGAUGCGAUGUCCAGAGGUGCAACGGCCCAAGGUCAACAGCAAGCUAGUACGGCCAGCCAACCGCAAUCACAACCGCAACCGCAUAUGGAGCAGAAUUCGUCAGGAAAUGCUCCAACUGGGCCGUACGGAGAUGAGUGGACACCAGAAGAAAGGAAUGACAGCUGGUCUUCAGAAGACCACUGGUCAGACAAUGACGGAAACGAGGGUGGUGACGGGGAAGAUGGGAAUGAUUGGUCUGACUUCUUCUAGAUUACUAUAUUUUCAAAAUAGACAGUGAGGCAAUGUACUA